GUUGUCUCUAUCAUGUAUCCUACCAUGACUAUAUCAACCCAACUCCAUGUGUUGCCACUAUCAUGUUUCCUACUUGGCUGAAGCUUUGAUCCAGUGGAAGAAGUAUUGAGGAGCAGGGAGGUUAAAGGUCACUUCAAGAAACAGCUGUUACUCUACACUAUCCCUAGAUAAUCCAGUAAUGAGAGAAAAUGUAUAGAAUAUUUAUGGCUCUAUAACAUCUCUAUCUAUAUAUAACAUCUCUAUCUAAUCCGUUUUAUUGAACCUAAUUCCAUAACAUCAGGUUGCUUUAAAAUUACUUGUUUUGACAUUGUUUUCUAAUCUGCGUUAUCCACUCCAGUCAGCAGAGAGCGAUAUGAGUCUUUCAGGUGAUGCUGCUUGCGUGACGUAUAAUCUAGUGGACGGAACUGGAGGCUUCUUCAACAGCGACAAAAGGCUUCUGAUUCAACCAACGUGUUGCUUUGCUAGCGAACAUAAAGUUGAGUCUUUGAAGCUCUUUAGGCCAAUCGUGUGUAUAUUACUCUUAGUGUUUUGAAUAUAAUUAUGUUUACCCAUCUACUAGUUCAUUUUAACGUCAUUUGCUCGUUAAAUUAGCAAAUGUGUUACUAAAUUGAUACUGCAUUAGGCUAAUAGACCGGAGCAUGAGCUCACAAAGCUCGACCGAGAAAGAAGCUCUGGUGAAAGGAGAGGAAGAAGCUUUCAGGAUGAAAAGGGAGGAAGAGGACGCUAUCGCAUUGAAAGAAGAAGAGGAUGAUAUUACAGUGAAAGAGGAAGAUGGGAAAGAGGUUGUCAAAGUGGAAGUGGAGAAGGUAGAAGCUUUCAGAAUCAAAAACGAGGAAGAUGCCAUAACAUUGAAAGAAGAGAAUGUAGUGAAAGAAGAGGAAGAACCUUUUAGAGUAAAAGAGGAAGAGGAGGCUAUCUCAAUAAAAAAGGAGGAAGACGUUUUGCGAGUGAAAGCUGAGGAGGCUGAAGAUCAGACUACCACCAGAGAGAGACGUGACUAUCGUGGAUCCUCUGGGGAGCAUCAACAACAUCCUGAUGCUGACGAGUCAGAGAAGAGUCUCUCCAGAUCAGAUCACCAGAUGGACAACGCUAGCCCUUCCUCCCUGCUGCAGUCCCCGUGUCGUGCCUCUCCCAGUAGCGCCUUACUGCUGGGUAUGAAGAGGUUGUCUGUGCUGCUGGUGGACUGCAGGAAAACAACGGGGCUGAGUGGAACUGUGAGAGGAGGAGAAGAGAAGAAAGGAUCAGAUUUGACUCAUCAAAGAGAAAUACCAGACUCAGUGGAACCAGAGCCAGGGACGUCCAAACCCGCAAGACGACACCAGUGCUCCCACUGUGGAAAGGGUUGUAACCGGUUAUGGGACCUGAAACAACAUGAGAAAAUGCACACAGGGGAGAAGCCUUAUCACUGCUCCCAGUGUGGAAAGUGUUUCUACUGGUCAGGGGAUCUGAAAAAACAUGAGAGAAGACACACAGGGGAGAAGCCUUACCACUGCUCCCAGUGUGGAAUGGGUUUCAUCCAGUCAGGGGAGCUGAAACAGCAUGAGAGAAUUCACACAGGGGAGAAGCCUUACCACUGCUCCCUGUGUGGCAAGUGUUUUAACCGGUUACGGCACCUGAAACAACAUGAGAGAAUUCACACAGGGGAGAAGCCUUACCACUGCUCCCAGUGUGGCAAGUGUUUUAACCAGUUAGGGAACCUGAAACAGCAUGAGAGAAGACACACUGAGAAGCCUUACCACUGCUCCCAGUGUGGAAAGUGUUUCAACCAGUCAGUGGAGCUGAAACGGCACGAGAGAAUUCACACAGGGGAGAAGCCUUACCACUGCUCCCUGUGUGGCAAGUGUUUUAACUGGUUACCGCACCUGAAACAACAUGAGAGAAUUCACACAGGGGAGAAGCCUUAUCACUGCUCCCAGUGUGGUAAGUGUUUUAACCAGUUAGGGAACCUGAAACAACAUGAGAGAAUACACACAGGGGAAAAGCCUUACUACUGCCUCCAGUGUGGCAAGUGUUUUAACCAGUUAGGGAACCUGAAACAACAUGAGAGAAUACACACAGGGGAGAAGCCUUACCACUGCUCCAAGUGUGGAAAGUGUUUCAACCAUCCAGUGGAGCUGAAGAGGCAUGAGAUAAUUCACACAGGGGAGAAGCCUUACAACUGCUCCCAGUGUGGAAAGUGUUUUAACCAGUUAGGGAACCUGAGACAACAUGAGAGAAUACACAGAGGGGAGAAGCCUUACCACUGCUCCCAGUGUGGAAAGUUUUUUAACCAGUCAGUGGAUCUGAAACGGCAUGAGAGAAUACACACGGGAGAUGCCUUACCACUCCUCCCUGUGUGGAAAGUGUUUCAACCAGUUAAGGCACCUGAAACAACAGGUUGUAACCACUUAUGUGAGCUGAAACAACAUGAGAGAAUACACACUGGGGAGAAGCCUUACCACUGCUCCCAGUGUGGAAAGAGUUUUAACCAGAAAGGAAACCUGAAAACUCAUGAGAGAAUACACACAAGGGGGAAGCCUUACCGCUGCAUGCAGUGUGGAAAGAGUUUUAACGAUUUGGGGAAGCUGGAACGGCACGAGAGAAUACACAGAGGGGAGAAGCCUUACCACUGCUCCCAGUGUGGAAAGCGUUUUAACGAUUUGGGGAAGCUGGAACGGCACGAGAGAAUACACAGAGGGGAGAAGCCUUACCACUGCUCCCAGUGUGGAAAGGGUUGUAACGAUUUGGGGACGCUGAAACGACACGAGAGAAUACACACAGGGGAGAAGCCUUACCACUGCUCCCACUGUGGAAAGCGUUUUAACGAUUUGUGGAAGGUGAAACGACAUGAGAGAAUACACACAGGGGAGAAGCCUUACCACUGCUCCCACUGUGGAAAGUGUUUCAACCAGUCGGGGGAGCUGAAACGACAUGAGAGAAUACACACAGGGGAGAAGCCUAUGCACACAGGGGAGAAGCCUUACCACUGCUCCCACUGUGGAAAGUGUUUCGUCCAGUCAGGGGAGCUGAAACGACAUGAGAGAAUACACACAGGGGAGAAGCCUUACCACUGCUCGCAAUGUGAAAAGAUGUAUAGGCGGAAAGGACACCUAAAAGCUCACGAGAAAAUUCAUACAGGGGAGAAGCCUUACCAAUGCUCCCAGUGUGGAAAGUGUUUCACCUGGGCAGGGGAUCUGAAAAAACACGAAAGAAUACACACAGGGGAAAAGCCUUACCCCUGCUCCCAGUGUGGCAAGUGUUUCAAUGAGACAGGGGAUCUGAAAAAACACGAAAGAAUACACACAGGGGAGAAGCCUUACCCCUGCUCCCAUUGUGGCAAGUGUUUUAACCAGUUAGGGACCCUGAAACAGCACAAGAUAAUACACACAGGGGAGAUGCAUUACCACUCCUCCCAGGAUGCAAAGCUUUUGCCCAUUUAGGAAGCCUGAAAUAACAUGAGACACAGAGGAGAAGGCUUUACAGAAGAUUAGAUUUUGGGAAAACAUAUUACUCAUAACAAUCACUUAAACGUCAUUAGAGAAUCCACACAGGAGAGAGAAAUUACUUAUCUUAGCAUGUAUAUUGAUAUUUCACAUCUCAUUGACUCACAACUCAUCAGAGAACAUACACAGUGCUCCCAUUGUCUUAUAUUGUUGCCUAUAAUGUGUUGACCUGUUUUUACCAGAUGAAAUUGCUUCUUCCAAUUAUUGAUAACAUGUACCUGUUAAGAAACUGACUGUUAAAUAU